UGUCCCUAACUUUUUUUCUCCUCGUCAUGAGAACUUCCUCAUGUGACGUCCUUCUUUAUUCUCCUCUUGGAAGCUCCGCGUGAUCUUCAAGUGCUGAAACCGUUUCCAGGGAGGUAGGCGCCCCAAAGGCAGCCUGAGGUCGUGACGUAAUUUGAGCGGCGACGCAGGAAGGACCCUACUGCCUCUGGCAUCCGCUUUCGUCACUCUCAGCUGAGCGGGGCUCUUGGAAGAGGCACGUGUGCUGCUGAAUGGAGCUGGUGGCUGGUUGCUAUGAACAGGUCCUUUUUGGGUUCGCUAUACACCCGGAGCCGGAUACAGGCGGCGACCCCGGAGAGCAAAAAUGGACUUCUGCGGCUGACUUCACUCACCAUGCCCACACUGCCUCCUUGUCAGCGGUGGCUGUAAAUAGUCGUUUUGUAGUCACUGGGAGCAAAGAUGAAACAAUUCACAUAUAUGACAUGAAGAAGAAGAUAGACCAUGGGGCUCUGGUGCAUCACAAUGGCACAAUAACUUGCCUGAAAUUCUUUGGCAACAGGCACUUAAUCAGUGGGGGAGAAGAUGGACUCAUUUGUGUGUGGGAUGCAAAGAAGUGGGAGUGCCUAAAGUCCAUUAAAGCUCACAAAGGACAUGUGACCUUCCUUUCUAUUCACCCAUCUGGCAAGUUGGCCCUGUCUGUGGGUACUGAUAAGACGUUAAGAACGUGGAAUCUUGUGGAAGGCAGAUCAGCAUUCAUAAAAAAUAUAAAACAAAAUGCUCACAUAGUGGAAUGGUCCCCAAGAGGAGAGAAAUACAUAGUCGUCAUACUAAAUAAAAUAGAUGUCUAUCAGCUUGACACUGCGUCUGUUAGUGGCACCAUCACAAAUGAAAAGAGAAUAUCUUCUGUUACGUUUCUUUCAGAGUCUGUCCUUGCAGUGGCUGGAGAUGAAGAAGUCAUAAGGUUUUUUGACUGUGAUUCACUAAUGUGCCUCUGUGAGUUUAAAGCUCACGAAAACAGGGUAAAAGACAUGUUCAGUUUUGAAGUUCCAGAGCAUCAUGUUAUUGUUACAGCCUCGAGUGAUGGUUUCAUCAAAAUGUGGAAGCUUAAGCAGGAUAAGAAAGUUCCCCCAUCUUUACUCUGUGAAGUAAAAACUAAUGCCAGGCUAACAUGUCUUGGAGUGUGGCUAGACAGAAUGACAGACACACAAAAAAGCCUUCCUUCAGCUGCAGAGCCUUCUGUAAGUAAAAAACAGUCCAAAAUCAACAAAAAGGAAGCCAGCGAUGUCGUGCAGGAAGAAGAAAGGCAGUCCAUACCUGACUCAAAGAAAUGUGGUUUAACUGGUGACAGUAAUAAGCCAAUGAAAGCAGAUACUCCGGUGUCAGCCAAGAAGAGGAAAAUGGUAGAAAUGUCAGAAAAACAGAAGAGAAAAAAGAAGAAAAUACGAAUGACACACUGAAUCCCACAUUUCUCCUAUGAGAAAAACUUCUUAGAUGGAAUCAUUUUUUUCAGAUGUACUCCCCUAUCCCCCAAGUAAAAGCUAGAAAUUUCUUCUUUUGGAGAAAAUGUACAGCUUAAAAACAAAACAAAACAAAAAAACACUUUUAUGUGUUUAUUUUUAACAGUGGCAAAACUAUUUUUGGUAGGCAACAUUUUAUUAAUUAUAUAUCAUGGUGAUAUAUACUAUGUUAAUGUGUAAUACAUUAAUUUUUACUGUUGUAUGAAGCAAAUAAAGUUCUUUUCAAAAUAAUGUAAUUUAAAAUAUA